ACGAGCUCCUCUCUCUCUCACUUUUUCUCUUGCCACAUUUUCAGACGAAGCUUUCUCUCUCUCUUUUCUCUUCCAUCUCCAUCUCCACUCACCGACGGUAGGCCACCGGAGACCAUGAACGUCGAGAAUCGCUGACGUCCCACCUACAUCUCCGGUGACGAUCAACCACCGUCAAAAUCCCCAAAAUCCCCAAAUCUCGAAAUCCCCAACCCACCGUCAAAAUCGAUCUUACCUCUCCCCCAUCGACGGCCGCCCACCACCGAGCGCCGGUGACGACCAACCACCCACACGCACAGGUUUUCUCUCUCUCUCUCUCCCCCUCUCUCUCAUUCCCACACUGCUCGGCGUCGUGGUCUCCGGUGGCUGUCCGUCGGUGAGGGCAGGGGGCAGAGGUACACACUGCUCGGCGUUCGUAGUUUCCGAUGCCGGCCGUCGGUGAAGGGAGAGAGAAGAGGAAAGAGUGAGAAAGAGGGAGAGAUUUGAUUGAUAACCUAAUUUUUAUUUUUAUUUUUUUAGUCUGGACGUGGCCUUGGGCAGACGUUGGGACUACCGGCGUCUGCCGUAUGAUUCUACUUGUUUCGAUUCAUUACGGCUCAUUUCCUUAUUUCAUUUCACGCUUCCCUUUAUUUGCCCUUACGGUCUUACCCUCUCUUUCUCUUCUAACGCCUCUUCCACAACGUCUCUUUCGCUCUUUUUUAAAUUAAUCUUGGCUCAAGGAAGUAAUCUUAGGUCCGGAUUGGGAAACAGGAUUUCGUGUUGAGAUUUUUGACUGACGGAUUCCGGCACCCAACAUUAACCAAUCUAUCUAAACCAGCAGCCUCUAAAGCCCUCUACAUGUUCAUCACCAACUCCACCUCCAAAACCCUCAAAAAGCUACUCUCUUCCUCUCAAAAAUCAGUAUUUUCCUUCCUAUGCCAGCCUCAAAACCCUCCCUAUACACACACCCAAAAAUGCCACUAUGUAGAUGUGUACAUGAAGUGGAAGAAAGACUCGUACUAUGACUCUAUAGAGCACAUCCACAGGUCCAUAGAACUCAAACCGAUUGUUUCCUUGAAAAACUGCAUAGCCCAAGACCCUAAUGGUUGCAUCCCAAUCUCUGAAGUCUCGAAGAGGGGACUAGAGUUGGGUGUGCCCAUGAAGGUUGCAAGGUUCUUGAGGCAAUACCCAGCAAUCUUUGAGGAAUUUACGGGUCCCCAAUAUAACCUGCCUUGGUUUAGGCUGACCCCAGAAGCUGCUGAGAUUGAUAGAGAGGAGAAAAGGGUCUUUGAGGAACGCAGGGAUGAUUUGAAGGAUAGGCUGAAGAGGUUGAUUUUGAUGAGUAAAGGGAAAGUUUUGCCUUUGAAAAUUAUUCAGGGAAUGCAGUGGUAUUUGGGUUUGCCUGAGGAUUUUUUAAGAUACUUAGAAGUGAAUCAUGAUGAGUCUUUUACUCUUGUGGAGAUUGAAGAUGGGUUGAAAGGUUUGGUUGUUGAGGAUGAGGAGAAGGUAUUGUCCGUGGUGCAGAGAAAUGCUAUGAAAAGAGGGGCGUAUUUCGGGGGGACAAUGGAGGCAAUUGAGUUUUCACUUUUCCCUUCAAAGGGUUUGAGGGUGAGGAGGAAGAUUGAAGAUUGGUUAAAGGAGUUUCAAAAGCUUCCUUAUGUUUCACCCUAUGAGGAUUUUUCACAUUUGGACCCAGAUAGUGAGAUAGCGGAGAAGCGGGUUGUGGGGUUUCUUCAUGAGUUGCUUAGUCUCUUUGUUGACCAUUCGGCAGAGAGGAAGAAGCUUCUAUGCCUUAAGAAAUAUUUUGGGUUGCCUCAAAAAGUUCACAAGGCAUUUGAGAGGCAUCUCCAUAUGUUUUAUUUGUCUUUGAGGAACAAGACUUGUACUGCAAUACUUAAGGAGGCUUACAAUGAUAAGUCCGCUAUAGAGAAGCAUCCACUGCUGAAGGUGAGAAAAAAGUAUAUCAGGUUGAUGAAGGAAUCGGAGUUGAUUUUGAAGAAAAGAAGAUUCAGCAAUUGGUUUGUCAAUCGUGAGAAUAUGAAGUUGGAUUUGGAUUUGGAUGCCGCGGAUGAAGAGAGAAGAGAGAUGCCAGAUUGUUCUUUGUAAAUGAAUUUUUCCCUUAACAUUUAAAUUAGGUAUUAUAUGGUCUAAGAUAAAAAAGAGCUUCCGGAGUAGGACUAUUGCAGACCCUAAUUACAGGCUAAUUAGCAGCAGAUUGGCAAUUCAAGGUGGCGCUUUUCAGCACGUCCUUGGUCCGGUCCUAGAGGUAUUUCUUUGAUUUGUAGCUUUUGUGUUUGGUUCUUCUAGUCAGGACUUACUAUCAACUAAUUAUUCCCAUCGAUGUAUAUGAUAAGUUUAGAUUAACUUGUAAGACAUGACCUUAGCAAAUUCAAUGGAUAUACAGUCUUUUGACA